AUGUCUUCUACCGCCACCACCACGACCGAGCGGUUCGUUAGCCCAUUCUAUCCUGAGCUCGUUCAUCUCCUUUUUGCUGACCUUGCCCUUGCAGGCCAGACUCAUCAGGAAAGCCCGUGCGAUGGCGGUCGGCCUGUAACCAAUGCCAUGCAGCAAAGGGUCGGGAAGGUACCAGGAAUCCGAGCUCGAGCAAAUAAGCCAUCUCGGGCGAACUCGGCGGAGAAAACUGUCCAAACCCCGCGAUCUGAAUCUGCAAUGGUGCUGCCACAAGACGCCGAAGGCGACACAGACGCGCAGACCACCACCCAAACCACGGCCACCGAGCCUGACGAGCCCAAUUCUCGUCCCGAAUUUGGUGACAAACCAAACGCGGCUGACGCUGGUCAAUUCUUUGACGCAAACACCCCCAAGUCCCCUGUAGGGAUGUAUGCGGACUGGACCAAUCCUUCUACCGACAAGUCCCUCAAUCCGUUUGAUUCCGCAGAGCUUUUCAUUUUACCCAGUCAAUUGAUGUCUUCCGAACAUGACCCUAGUCGGUCGUCCCGGUGCCACAGCCAGGCCGCUGGGGACUCUCACACUCAAAGUCCCGUGCACACCACCCCUUAUAUAGACGCCGGAAUGCUUCCCCUAGACCUACCAGAUCUCCCAGACUUAGAUCUACCCGACUUAGAUCUCCACAUUCAUGAUUUUCAUCCGAUGGAUCUCCCCAUCUGUUCAUUGGAGACUCCUGCUCCUACCCCAGCAACACCAUCCACUAAGAAGAGGCGUUCCGUCCACCUUGAUCCUUCAAGGUCUUACCCGAGCCGUUCCGCGUUCCAGUAUACCGAAAAUGUACCUGUGACGGAAUGUGACAGCGAGUUUACAAGUGGACGACUUCGUCAACAACAAUACAACUAUCGAAGCUGGACUAUCCUAAGUUGUAACCGAAUAGUGGAGUUUCUAGAACAUCACAUUCAGAGAGGUGUUAUCGCGCUGGACGUGGUCAUGCAUACCAACAAAGUCACCCUUGCAGAAAUUUCACGGCUCCUAAGCCAAGGUGCACACAAGGAACGAUCCAACUGCGCCAUGCUACUUCUCAUUGCCAUAGAACAAAUCGUCACUCUUUUUGAACGCAGUGUGGGGCAGGACCCCUCGGACAGCGAUCGUGCUAGCGUCAUAGGCAGUAUGGGAGGUCUCACAAAUAUUGGAGCCUGCAAAUCCCUAUCUCGCGGCAACAGCGGUGGAAACGUGCUGCCUAAUCUCCGGUUCGGGUCGUUUCAAAUCAGCCAGGAUGAACAACUGGAACUUCGGUCUUAUUUACUUCAACGUGAGCUACAGCGGUGUCUACAAGUUCUCACCACUCUUCGGGAUUCCAUUACCCUAGAACCCAACCCCUGCACAAAGCUAGAAGAGCGUGUGGGCAAGCUAUCUUCCACCCUCUAA